AUGAAGAUAGGGAGCAUGACGUGCCUGCUUCUAAAGCAUCUCUUCUUACUAUCGGUCAUCGCUAAAAGAUGCCUGGUCAUGUCCUGCAGCUUUCCAGACGCUCUGCAACUGGACCUCCGUGACCCGCCUUGGUACAGUCACGUGAGGACGGAUGGCUCACGUGAUGUGGAGUACUACAUCCGCCACAACGUCAUGGAGAUUCACUACCCCAAGAGCGAUCGCUCCAACGUGCGCUGGAAGUGCACCACGAUUUUCCACGACAAGCUUUUGCUCAAACGCCAGGACCAUCUGGUCCACGAUUACUAUAGAUGCGCCCGGUUUUUGUUCAGAAGUCGAUCAGUAGUGCAGAUCAUGUGGUCACACGAGGUCAGGAACUUUGACCUGAGCCUGUGCGAUGAUCUUAACAUGAAAACCGAUCCAUGGCCAUUGAUUUGGUACGGAACGCUUGAAGCGGACUACACUCCCUGUCCUUUCAGCGGCGGAUUUGACAUGAAAAUUAUCGACUCAAUCCAGGGGGAGAACGGUUGUAACUUAAUGUUGAGACCCAUGAGAAUGGAGGUUGAAUGCCUCGGGGGAGAGGGUGUUACCUUCAACUUCAUGUCAAGUAACUGUCUCCCUGCAAUAAAAAUGUUUGUCAAACAGCGAACUAUCUGCGUUACCUCGUGGCAAGAUAGCAAGAAUCAUUAUGUCAUACUUCGUCGGAAUGAAGACAUCGAUUUAUGGUGCUUGGUAAUGCCAAUCUACCGAACUUCCAACACCACAGCGUAUCUUUUCAGUGAUCUGGCUUGCACCACUGAUACAGUUCAACUGGCGUCGAUAAAAAAUGUCAAUUAUUUUACACUUUAUCUCACCACUCGUGUGUUUUCCAGUUUGUGUCAAGACGAAUAUGAGCAGUGCAGCAAAGUCACAUGCAAUGCUUACGUAAAACAAGAAUGCCAGAAAUCGUGUGCUGUCUGUGAUGCUAGUUCAAUCCCUACACAAUGUGAGUUUCCUAGUGAUUUCAUUGGUUCCUGGAUUUUGAAGGAUGUUAACGGAAGUAGCCAAACGGAUAUCGCAUCGUCGAGUAUAACGAUAACGGGUGUUGGAGAUUUUAUUUGUGUCUCCUACCCAAACACCAAACCAAAAACUUCAUUUUAUACAACAAUAUCAAUGUAUCAAAACGGUUGCCGGCCUCGAUUCACGUGUCUUUAUAUUCGUAGAAUUGGUCCGUCAGUUCUUCAAUACAGUUUAAGCCAAAGCUACGUGUGGCCGACUCAGGAAAAUGAUCUGGGAAACGCCAUUUGUGGCGAGGAACGCUUUCACCCAGAUCCUUCCCCUAUAGACGAUAAGUACAGACCCCACGAAGGGGCCGGGAAGCCGAUCAUAGCCCACAUGACAAAGUCUGAAUCUGUGCAUUGUAACAUUACAAAUGUUUAUACAAUCAGUGGUACACUUCCAAAGGGAUAUAAAUGUUCAGGAACGAUGUAUCCUCAUUGUGAAGAUUUUCAUAAGAUACGACUGGAUUUUCCCAGCUGUGGAAGUUUGAUCCCUGAACUUACAGACUACAGAUGUCUGGCUAACUUCGAGGGUCACUACUGGGAAAGGAUUCUUUUAGUGCAAAAUAUUCAGAACGAAAAGGACGUUGUAUGUUUUGUCUUUAGUCAGUACUAUCCAAACGAGGCAUAUGUCCUUGUUGCCAGUGAGUGCGAUCAAAAAAGCUUCAGCUUCGCUCGAUCUGGACUUCGUCAGCCGAUGCUAACGCUGGAGAUUCAUCUUGAAGGUGAUUCUUGUAAAUCUAUUCCCAUGAGCACCUCGACCGUUAAACCAACUGAAUCUCUUCCCACCGAGUCCAGAUAUGAAAGCUCGGUUAGGGAAGCGGACCAUAACUCUAACAUAGUCACCAAUAUAACAGUACUAGAGACAGACUACUACAGUCCAGUGUCAAUGGUAGACACAGGGCCAGCCUCUGGUAAUGCUGGAAAGGUUUCUCACAAGGCAACAUAUGUGGAUACCAGAAGGGCUGUAGAUACAGCCGGUGCCAAAUCUACAUCAUACAGCGAUGAGAACUCUCUGACGGCUGAUUAUAACGUUGCGGCGACUGUGACUUCAUCGGGUGUAUUUAGCUUCGUUGUACUUGUUCUAGCUACCUCCUUGUUGUGA